ACCGGUCAUGGAGACUCUCGUUUUGACGAAUUUCGACAAAAUGUUUCAAAGCUUUUUGCUUUUUUUAUUUUACAAAUGAUCUGGAUAUGGACUAUCAGUUUACCACUUACAUUCUUAAAUUCUCCAAAAAUUAAUAAUUCUGUUGGUGUAUUGGAUCAAUUUGGAAGUGCCACUGAUGUUUUGGGUGUUAUUUUGUUUGUUGUCGGAUUUUUGAUUGAGUCUGUUGCUGAUGUUCAAAAG